AUGUCGCCGCAUGGGCUCUGCGUCACCAGCCGCUGGUGCUGGCUGGUGAUGGCGCUGGUGGCGCUCACCGCCACGGACGCCGCCCCGCCACGGCUGGACGCCGCACCGGACAACGUCGGCUGCACGCUAGACAACCCGUUCCGUCUGCACCGCUCCGUGCUGCCGUCUCAGUACAAAUUGCGCCUCGUCCCCGAUUUGGACGGCGACUCGUUCGAAGGCCACGUGGAUAUUCGGGUGCGGGCUGAGGAAGCGGUUGGUAAAAUCAGGCUGCACGCGGAGAGAAUAACGCUUCUGACCGCCCGAGUGACUCGAGUUAAUGACGCGUCUUCGGGGAGCCUUUUCAGAGGAGUAGUUUAUUGGUCUGACUGUGAAAUGAUUGAAAUUAACCUGGCGGAAGAUCUUGUGGUUGGGGAGGAAUACGACAUUUCAAUGGACUAUCACGGUGAAUUGAGAGAUGAUAUGUAUGGAUUUUAUGUCAGCACAUACACUAUUGGUGACGUUAAAAAACGACUGGCAGCCACACAAUUCCAAGCUACGCAUGCUCGCAAAGCCUUUCCUUGCUUUGACGAGCCCAACUUCAAAGCCAGAUUCGAAAUAUCUGUGGUGGCCCCACCUGGUUAUUUCUGUCUCAGCAAUAUGCCGGUGAAGGAAGAAAAAGACCUAACAGGAGGAUCUCGAGAGUUCAUUUUCAAGAACUCCCCAAUUAUGUCUCCUUAUCUUGUGGCAUUUGUGGUGUCCGAUUUCUCGAAUCUUGACGAUGAAGACAAUCAGGAAGGCGGAGUGCACAUUAAAACAUGGGCACGAGAAAACGCUCUCGACCGAGCUGACUACAGUCUGAAAGUAUCAAGGAAAAUGCUGGAUGUCUUAGAGGACUACACAAACAUACCUUACAUUGACGAUGGCGAUGAUGUGGAGUUUCCUUUCAACAAAAUAGAUCAGGUGGCGCUUCCGGACUUCUCUGCGGGCGCCAUGGAGAACUGGGGGCUGAUCACCUACCGUGAAACAGCUCUUCUCUACGAUUACGACAAUGGGCCGGCGACGUCUCGCCGAAGCGUAGCUGUCACCAUAGCCCACGAGCUGCUGCACAUGUGGUUCGGCAACCUCGUCACCACGCACUGGUGGGGCGCCACGUGGCUCAACGAGGGCUUCGCGCGCUCCUUCCAGUACUACGUCACCGACAAGGUGGAGGCGGCGGACUGGCGCAUGUGGGACCAGUUCGUGGUGGAUCAGCAGCAAGCCGUGUUCGCUCUAGACUCGCUGGUGACGGUGAAAGCGCUCACACAUGAUGUCACAUCGCCUGCUGAAGCAAGCGCGAGCUUCGGCACCAUCACGUACAACAAAGGUGGAUCGGUAUUGCGGAUGAUUAGUAACAUCAUCGGGGCUGAAAAUUUUCAACAGGCUCUACAAGACUAUCUAGUUGCUCACAAGUAUGGUACAGUAACGCCUCAAGAUCUUUUUAACGCUUUGAAGCCAUACGCACCAGAUGCUCAACUAUCAGAAACAGAUUUCGAAAGUUUCCUGCGUUCAUGGACUGAACAGCCGGGCUUUCCGGUGCUUAAUGUAAUACGCAAUUACGAAUCAAAUUCUGCAAUUGUUUUACAGAAAAGAUUUCUAUUCGAAGGUGAACAACCUGAGAAAUAUUAUGUACCAUUGACGUGGGUGUCCCAGGGAAGUGCUUUUGACAUCCCCAAACCAGGAGCUUAUCAUACUCCAGAUACUGAUAUUCUUACGUUAUCUAGUAUGCCUCCUUCAAAUGAAUGGGUGAUAUUUAACGUGCAGGAAGCAGGGUAUUACAGGGUAAACUACGAUUCUCGCAACUGGGAGCUGGUGUCACAGUACUUAAAAGAUGCUUCCAAGCCACUGGACGGCGUCCACGUCCUGAACCGAGCCCAGCUGCUGGACGACGCUUUCAACCUGGCGCGAGCGGGCCUGCUCCCCUAUGCGACGGCGCUCGGCCUGGCGGACUACCUCAGCCGCGAGGCGGACUACGUGCCUUGGUCAGCGGCGCUCGCCGCUUUCGCCUACCUGGAGCGCAUGCUCGUGAACCACGACAAGUAUCCCGUGUUCAAGGGUUACGUACUGCGUCUAAUCGACAAGCUCUACGAGCAUUAUCAAUUCAGUGUCCCUGACAGACAUGAUGAAAAACUGCUGUUGAACAAGUUGGCGACGUGGGCGUGCAGACUCGACAACAAAAAGUGCAACGAGGCAGCGGAAAGCGCUCUAAAGGCGUACGUCGAUGACAACGUACCAGUGGCUCCAGAUCUCCGCAGCGUGGUGUACUGCUACGGCGUGCGCGCCCUCAGCGGCCGCUACUGGGAGGCGAUGUGGGACAAGUACAGGACGUCCCAGGACGACGUGGAGCGCGGCCUCAUCGUGGCCGGGCUCAGCUGCUCCUCGGACGAAGCCCGCCUCAGGCAACUUCUUGGCUACUCGAUCACACUCGACGGGCCCAUCCGAAGGCAGGACGCGGCCAGCGUGUUCUCGUCUGUCUACGGGAAUCCGCUCGGGGUCGAGGUCGCUCUGGAAUUUCUUGAUGAAAAUUUCGAGGCGAUUAGGAUUUAUUAUGGUUCUAUGGGUUCCAUCAACAACAUUGUGACAGGAAUUGCUGGUCGUUUAACAACAUUGGAGCAAAGAAAUAAGCUACAAAGUUUCAUUGAGAAACAUGCUGAUAAUCUAGGAGCUACUGCGCAAAGUGCUCUUGCUACUGUGGAUGACAACUUGAAAUGGGUGACCGAAUACCAAGAUAUAAUAUUCUCCGUUUUUGAAGACAAAGUCCUGAAACAGUAUCGACUUGAUCCGUGGGUGAGACCGGAACGUUAUAUUCUUAGGUUCGAACCCGAUCUGGAGGCGGAAACGUUUACAGGACAUAUGUACAUCAUACUAUCAACGGAUAUCGAAACGGAUGUGAUUACUCUGCAUUCCCAGGGGAUACAAGUCAAUUACGUGUCCGUUCAAGAUGGAGGGUGGUUUCCGAAGGAAAUAUAUCAUUCCCACUCAUAUGAUGAGACAUUAGAAUUCCUUCACCUCUACACCAAAGAGCCAAUGUUUACAUACAUAGAUUAUAUCAUAUACAUGGAAUUUAGCGGCACACUUAGAGAUAAUAUGUAUGGAUUUUACAUUAGCAAGUACGAUGACGACAAUAAUAAUGAGAGGAGGCUUGCUGCUACACAGUUCCAACCGACACACGCGCGUAAAGCCUUCCCAUGCUUCGAUGAACCAAAUUUUAAAAGGAUGACUUCUCCACAGAAGCACAGUUUUCAAUCACUCCGAAAAUGUCCACAUAUCUUUUGGCAAUCGUCGUUUCCGAUUUCAAGUAUAAUCUUCCGAACGUGGGCUCGGCCUAAUGCCCUCCCAUGGGCAGACUAUAGCUUACAAAUAUCUAGAUCCCUUCUCGAAACUCUAGAGGUGUACACCUCCAGCAAUUAUACCGACCGCACGCAAUCAAGCCCCUUCGACAAAGUGGAUCAGGUUGCACUUCCUGACUUCUCGGCGGGCGCCAUGGAGAAUUGGGGACUCGUCACGUACCGCGAAUCAAUGUUGCUGUUCAAUGACGGCACGGCGUUUGCGCGGAAAGGAAUCGCCACCGUCAUAGCGCACGAGCUCACGCACAUGUGGUUCGGCAACCUCGUCACCACCCACUGGUGGGACGCCACGUGGCUCAACGAGGGCUUCGCGCAGUACUUCCAGUACUACAUCACCGACAAGGUGAAACCGGAUUGGAGACUCAUGGAUCAGUUCUUGGUUGAUACUCACCAGGGGGUGUUCGCUUCGGAUUCUCUGAUAUCGGUAGCUGCGUUAUCGUCCCCCGCCUACACGCCGGCUCAAGUGAGCGGCCGAUUCGGCGGAAUAACCUACAGUAAAGGUGCCGCUGUUAUUCGGAUGUUGAGCAGCAUCAUAGGUGAAGAUCAAUUCCAGAAAGCUUUGCAAGUGUACUUAAGAAGGAACCGCUAUUCCACCACCACCCCCGAUGAUCUGUUCGAGGUGCUCAAGCUGCACGCGCACGAGACCGGCCUGAGCGCCCGCUACUUCGACGGCUUCCUCCGCUCGUGGACCGAACGGCCGGGGUUCCCCGUCAUCACAGUUCGCAGGGACAGCGCACUCUCCCAAGUGCGCGUCACGCAAAGCCGAUUUCUUCUGAGGAAACCCUCAACAGAAGAUCCCACACUUUACUUCGUGCCACUAACAUGGGUAGUUCAAGGAGAAGAUUUCUCAGUUCGGAAGCCGCAAGGUUACCUUUUGGAUAUUCAUAAGGAAACCGUCAUUCCUCUACAAGGACAAAACGACAAAUGGAUUUUAUUCAACGUUCAGUCGACAGCAGCAUUUGCUGCUUUCUCUUACCUGCAGCGGAUGCUAAUUAGGAAUGAGAGAUACUCCGUAUUCCAGAAUUACAUUCUUAAUCUCCUUGAAGAGCGGUAUCGUCACUUCAAUUUUGAAGAUCAAGAUAAUCACAUCGAUAAGUUACUUCUCAACAGAGUGUCAGCGUGGGCGUGUUCUCUGGAACACACUCAUUGCACAAACACCGCUCGCGACUCUCUACACAGUUUCCUGGAUAGGCGGAUAUUGGUGCCGGCCGACCUUCGCAGCGUUGUGUACUGUUAUGGCAUUCGUCAUUCGGCGAGUGAUUAUUGGCAUAAACUGUUAAAUGAGUACAAGGAGAGCAAAGACAGCGCAGAGCGCGCGCUCCUCAUGUUGCUCGAGUAUUCCAUCGAAGGCACGUUCAUUCGCAGACAAGACGCUUCAAGCGUUUUUACGAAUGUGUAUAGCAACGCGCGAGGUGUGGAAGUAGCGUUAAACUUUCUAGACAACAAUUUCGACAAAGUGCUGGAAUACUACGGAUCAAUGGGUGCCAUUAGCAACAUCGUGGUGGGAAUUGCAGGGCGCCUGACAACUGAAAGAGCAGAGAGGAAAUUGGAGGCUUUUCUGACGCGGCACGAAAGCAACCUAGGUAAAGCAGUGACGGCUGCUGCCCUGGAAACUGUGGAUGAAAAUCUGGAAUGGCUGAAAGAAAAUGAUAAAACAAUAUUGGAUGUCCUUGAGCGGCAUAACUGGGGGCUGAUCACGUACCGCGAGACGGCGCUGCUGUUCGACGAGGCGAACGGGCCCGAGUCCGCGCGGCGGCGCGUGGCAGUCGUGAUCGCGCACGAGCUGGCGCACAUGUGGUUCGGCAACCUGGCCACCACGGCGCAGUGGGACACCACGUGGCUCAACGAAGGUUUCGCCGAGUACUUCGAGUACCUGGCGGUGGACGGCGUGCAUCCGGAGUGGCGCAUGCGCGAGCAGUUCGUGGUGGACGACAUGAUGUCGGCGCUGGCCGCCGACGCCUUCGUCACGGCCAACCCGCUCACGCGCGCCGUCUGCUCGCCCGCCGACGCCACCGGCGCCUUCGAGUCGCUCACCUACACCAAGGGUGCAUCUGUCCUGCGAAUGUUCAGCUAUAUUGUGGGAGAAGAUAAUUUCCGUGAAGCCCUUCGACGUUACCUCAAUGCAAACGCAUUCAAAGCUGUUGAACCGGAAGAGCUCUUCCGGGAACUGAAGGUGUACUCGGAGGAGGCGGGGCUCUCGUACCCGGAAAUGGACGAACUCCUCCACACGUGGACUGAGCAGAGCGGGUAUCCGAUGGUCCUCGUAAUGAGGGACUACAAAGAGCGCACAGCCAGAAUAAGCCAGGUGCGGUACCAAACGAUGCCUCUAAGGUUCGACUACCCUCCUUUCUACGUGCCAUUAACAUGGACGCAGCGUGGAUUUGGUUUCGACGUGGGUCGCCCGCAGCUCUAUCUGACUACCGAUGAACCCAGCAAAGUGAUGGAAGGAAUGCCAUCCAACGACACCUGGGUGAUUUUCAAUAUCCAGCGGACAGGUUUCUAUCGUGUCAAUUACGAUUUUACGAACUGGGAACUCAUCACUAAUUACCUAAACAGUGAAGCCAAUCCAUUAGACGGCAUCCACGUUCUCAACCGCGCCCAGUUGGUGGACGACGUGCUGGCGUUUGGACGAUCCGGUAACUUACCCUACACAAAUAUUCUUCAACUUUUAGACUACCUCCAUCGAGAAACUGACUACAUGCCAUGGACAGCGUUUUUCAACGGAAUUUCGUACAUUAACCGGAUGCUCUUGAACAGAGAAGAAUAUCCACGUUUUAAGGUGAGUCUGCAAUAUUAUUGCACGGAAUACAAGAAUGAAUCAUUCAGAUUGAGCGAUUUUUUUACUAAAAUUAAGUUAUUUCGAUAUUUUAAUAAUAAAAAUAAACAUAUUGUUUCGACUUGUUUUAAUUUUCAUCGUUAUCGUUUAGAAAGUUCACAAUGCUCCCCUCAGAAGCAACGAAACGACGAACAAUAUGUACUGAAUCUUAUUCUGAAACUCUACAACCGCUUCGAAUUCAAGACUCAACAAACACACCUUGACAACUUACUGCUGAAUCAAGUCUCUUCGUGGGCAUGUGCGUUGGAUCACCCACAUUGUACAACAUCCGCUGUCACAUUAUUGCAAGAGUUUUUGGAUGGUGGAAAACCUGCCUUAAAUUUCCCGAUUACUCUUUAUAAAGAUAUUGGUCCAUCAAACAUAUUCUUGGACAAUUUUACACAGUUUUAUAAAAAAUUGUAA